AUGGCUGCCGUCAUGGCAGAAGUCCCUCUUGUUGUAGAUAGUGAAUUUGCUGUGGGGAUGAAAUUCAGUUCAAGGGAAGCUGUUAUUAGGGCGAUGAAAGAGUAUGCCAUCCGGAGAAGUGUAGACUAUCGAGUGUAUGAGUUAGAGCCGAUGACCUUUUAUGCGAAGUGUACACAGUAUGGGGAGGGGUGUGAUUGGCUUAUUAGGGUUAGCAUGAUCAGCAGAAAGUACUGUUGGGUUAUUAGGAGGUAUAAUGGUAGUCACACCUGUACCAGAGCCACCAUUUCUCGGGAUCAUUCGAAGCUGGAUUCUAACACAAUUCCAGAAGCAAUAAAGCCGUUGGUUGAGGCUGACCCCUCCUUAAAGGUAAAAUUAGUUAUUGCAGAAGUGCAAUCGAAGUUCAAUUACACCGUCAGUUAUCGGAAAGCAUGGUUGGCUAAGCAAAAGUCAGUAGAAAAAAUAUUUGGAGGUUGGGAAGCAUCGUACGAAGCUUUGCCGAUUUGGUUUGAGACCAUGUGUCAUAAGAAGCCAUCAGCUAUCGUCCAUUUUAAGACUAUGCCUGCAUACCAAGGCGAUAACUUGGUAAAUGAUAUCCGGGUGUUGCAUCGAGUCUUUUGGAGUUAUUACCCCUGCAUUAUAGCAUUUAGACAUUGUAAGCCAGUUGUCCAGGUGGAUGGGACUCACUUGUACGGAAAGUAUAAAGGUUGUUUGUUAGUGGCAGUGUCACAGGAUGGUAACAACAAUAUCGUUCCAAUUGCAUUUGUUAUUAUGGAGGGAGAGACUUCUGAUGCGUGGCACUUUUUCCUUAGUAACCUGCGACAACAUGUUGUGACUCGGGAUGGUGUGGGGUUGAUAUCCGACCGACACGAAUCCAUCAAUGCAGCUGUGGCUCGCAGUAACGGAGCAUGGUCACCUCCUCGAGCUUUCCAUAUGUUUUGCAUCAGGCAUAUAGAGUCGAUUUUUCUGAGAAAAUUCAAGGCAUCGUACCUGCAAAAACUUGUCGUUAAUAUAGGUAAAUUGUGUAUUUCAAAGUUUGUUAUCAACAGGGAUACCUUCAAUAAGUGUUUUGUAACCCAUUUCUCUUUUAUUGGUCGCCAUUAUGCAGGGUAUUCGAGGACGGUGCGCGAGUAUGAAGUGCGUUAUCAGCGGUUACGAGAACGGGGCGAGGCUUACACUAACUAG